CUCUCUCUCUCUCUCUCCCUUCCUGUUUGUUUUCCCAUCUCUCUUCUCUCAAGACACCAACGGUUGCAUUCCUAGGGUGUAACUCCCCAUUAUUACCAUCGCAAAAUAAAAACCACCCACAAACCCCUCCGCUCCCCUUCCCACGUCUCCCCUCUCUCUCUCUCCAAUGGCUAUUCCCCUCUCUCCCUCUCUCAUCCUCUCCCUCAUCUUCCUCACGACAACACACUUACUCCACUCCCCCUCCCACGCCUCCCCUCCCGCACUCAACCGCCUCCGCCUGCGAACCGCCGUCACACAGACCGCCAGCGCCGCCUCCAACGGCGGAGCGGCGGCGACGGUGCAGCUGUGGUGCGUGGCGAAGAACAACGCCGAGGACUCGGCCCUCCAGAGCGCGCUUGACUGGGCCUGCGGGUCGGGGAAGUGCGAUUGCGGGCGCAUCCAGCCAGGCGGGCCCUGCUACGACUCGGCCGACUUGCUGAGUACGGCGUCGUAUGCCUUCAAUGAUUACUUUCUCAAGAACGGCUUGACGGAGGACAGCUGUAACUUUAACGGCGUGGCUGCCCUCACCUCUCUCAAUCCAAGUCAUGGUAGCUGCAAAUUCCCAUCCAGCCUUGCAGUGAACAAUGGAAGCGUUGCAGGGUCGACAAUACUAGGAUUAAGCCCAGAUAGUGAAGAUAUAAGUGGUGGCGACAACGUUAAUACCGGUAAAUUGUGCUGGGCCUUUAUCACCUUCCAUUUGUUGUAUGCAAGUUUGCAACUGCAUUGAACUUUGCGGACUACAAACAUCUACCUAGAAGCAGUGCAAAAGCAAAGGCUGUUGUUUGUGGAGUUAGAAUUUAGGUAUUUUUUUCCGCAGAUUCUCCUAAACUAGGUUGAAAUCAAUGAAAAAUCGUUCAUUACUCGUUA